AUGUCUGGAUCAUCAUCACCAUCAUCAUCAUCAUCAAUCCUCACUGACAAAGCCACCAUUGUGGAACAAUGGAUUCAAGACAUCAAUGCUAUAUAUGAAGCAAAUUCAUCCGUUAUCGUUGGCAUAGAUGUUGAACGGGGACUGGUGAGUGGAAUAGGCAGCAAAUCCGCAACAUUGCAUCUCUGCAUUGAUAACAAGUGCCUUAUCUUACAACUCCUCCACAUUGACAAUUUGCCUCUUUCUCUCAAGUACUUUCUCACGAACCCUAAUUUCUUUUUUGUGGGUUUUGGGGUUGAUAGAGUUAUUUCGAUGAUAAAAACUGACUAUGGUCUCAAGUGCGGUGUGCAUGCCGAUAUUAUGGAGCUUGCCAAAGAAAAAUGGCCCUACCAGUAUAAUAUCCGGUCGGGGUUGAAGGAUCUAGCUAUCAAUGUGGUUGGUUUGAAGAUGAAGAAGCCUAAGCUUGUGAGUUUGAGCAACUGGGAAGUUAGGGUUUUGAGCGUUGAGCAAGUUGAGUAUGGAUGCAUUCAUGCCUAUGUUUCUUACAAGAUUGGUCACAAGCUUCUCAUGGAUGAUUGA